AUGACAGAACAAGUAGCAAAUAAUGUUCCUCAAGGAUCAUUUAGUUUUCCAAAGGAAGAAGAACAAGUUAUAAAACAAUGGGAAGAAGUUGAUGCAUUUCAAAGAACUUUAGAAUUAACUGAAGGAUUGCCACCAUUUGCAUUUUUUGACGGUCCCCCAUUUGCCACAGGUACUCCACAUUAUGGUCAUAUUUUAACAUCAACCGUAAAAGAUAUUAUUCCACGUUAUGCAACAAUGAAUGGAUUUCAUGUAGAAAGAAGAUUUGGUUGGGAUACUCAUGGUUUACCAGUUGAACAUGAAAUUGAUAAAAAAUUAGGUAUUACCUCAAAAGAAGAUGUAUAUGCAAUGGGUAUUGAUAAAUAUAAUGCAGAAUGUAGAUCAAUUGUUAUGAGAUAUGCCGAUGAAUGGAGAAAAACUAUUACAAGAUUAGGUAGAUGGAUUGAUAUGGAUAAUGAUUAUAAAACUUUAUAUCCAGAAUUUAUGGAAUCUGUAUGGUGGGCUUUCAAACAAUUAUUUGAUAAAGAUUCAGUUUAUAGAGGUUUAAGAGUUAUGCCUUAUUCAACUGCAUGUACUACACCAUUAUCGAAUUUUGAAGCUCAACAAAAUUAUAAAGAUGUUGUUGAUCCAGCCAUUACAAUUGCAUUUCCAUUGGUGGAUGAUGAAAAUACUGUUUUAGUCGCAUGGACUACCACUCCUUGGACAUUACCAGCGAAUAUUGCAUUAGCAGUAAAUCCAGAUUAUGAAUAUGUCAAAAUUUUUGAUGAAAAAGCUCAAAAAAAUUAUAUUUUAUUAGAAUCAUUAAUUGGAGCUUUAUACAAAAAGCCAAAAGAUGCUAAAUACAAAGUUGUUGAAAAAAUAAAAGGUAAAGAUUUAGUUGGAUUAAAAUAUGUUCCUUUAUUCGAUUAUUUUUAUGACACUUUCAAAGAUCACGGUUUUAAAGUUAUUCCUGGUUCUUAUGUUACAAAUGAUUCAGGUACUGGUAUUGUUCAUCAAUCUCCAUCAUAUGGUGAAGAGGAUUUCAACUGUGCUACUGCAGCAGGUGUUAUUAAUGAAAAAAGAACUCCACCAGAUAUUGUUGAUGAUGCUGGUAGAAUGAGAGAUGUAGCCACAUUAGUCGCUGGAAUGUAUUUUAAAGAUGCUGAUAAAGUUAUUAUUAAAAAAUUAGUUGAAGAUGGUAGAAUCUUGGUGAAUACACAAGCUAAACAUAAUUAUCCAUUUUGUUGGAGAUCAGAUACUCCAUUAAUGUAUAGAACUGUACCUGCAUGGUUUGUAAGAAUUGGAGAAAUCAUUCCAGAUAUGUUAAAAAACGUUGAAAAAACCAAUUGGGUUCCAUCAAAUGUUAAAGAAAAAAGAUUUUCAAAUUGGAUUGCUAAUGCAAGAGAUUGGAAUAUUUCAAGAAAUAGAUAUUGGGGUACUCCUAUCCCAAUUUGGGUAAGUGAAGACUACGAAGAAAUGGUUUGUAUUGGUUCAAUUGAUGAAUUAAAAGAAUUAUCAGGACGUGAUGAUAUUACCGAUUUACAUCGUGAAUCAAUUGAUGAUAUUACUAUUCCAUCUAAAAAGGGUAAAGGUCAAUUAAAAAGAAUUGAAGAAGUUUUUGAUUGUUGGUUUGAGUCAGGUUCAAUGCCUUAUGCGUCAAAACAUUAUCCAUUUGAAAAUAAACAAAAAUUCUUGGAUGCUUUUCCUGCAAAUUUUAUUGCUGAAGGUUUAGAUCAAACAAGAGGUUGGUUUUAUACUUUAACUGUAUUGGGAACUCAUUUAUUCAACACUGCACCAUAUCAAAAUGUUAUUGUAACAGGUAUUGUUUUAGCAGCUGAUGGUAAAAAAAUGUCAAAACGUUUGAAGAAUUAUCCAGAUCCAAGUUUAAUUUUGAACAAAUAUGGUGCCGAUGCAUUAAGAUUAUAUUUAAUCAACUCACCAGUUUUAAGGGCAGAAACAUUAAAAUUCAAAGAAGAUGGUGUUAAAGAUAUUGUAUCAAGUGUCUUAUUACCAUGGUAUAAUUCAUAUAAAUUUUUCAAAGAUAGUGUUGACUUAUUUAAAAAGAACAAUGGUGAGACAUUUGUAUAUGAUCAUGACUUAAAAUCAACAAAUAUUAUGGAUAGAUGGUUAUUAGCUUCAAUCCAAUCAUUAAUCAAAUUUAUUCACGAAGAAAUGACUGGGUAUAGAUUAUAUACCGUUGUUCCAAGAUUAUUAGCAUUAAUUGAUGAUUUAACAAACUGGUAUAUUAGAUUCAACAGAAGAAGAUUAAAAGGUUAUGACAGUGAUGAUAAAGAUGAUACCAAAAAGGCAUUAAAUACGUUAGCUGAAGCAUUAUUAACCUUAUCAAGAGCAAUGGCUCCUUUCACCCCAUACUUAGCUGAUAAUAUCUAUCAAAGAAUCAAACCAUCAUUUAAAGAAGAAUAUUUGAACAAAAUUGUUGUAAAUCCAAAACAUAAAGAUUUAAGAUCAGUACAUUUCUUAAGUUAUCCAAGUGUAAGAGAAGAAUAUUUUGAUGAAGAAAUCGAAGUGAAAGUUGGUAGAAUGCAAAAAGUUAUUGAUUUAGCAAGAAAUAUUAGAGAAAAGAAAAUGAUAAGUUUAAAACAUCCAUUACAAGAAUUAGUUAUUAUUAAUUCAAAUCCAAAAUUUAGAUCUGAUGUUGAAAGUUUGAAAAAUUAUAUAAGUGAUGAAUUAAAUAUUCGUGAUAUUAUUAUAACUGAUGAUGAAUCAAAAUAUAAUGUUGAAUACUCAUGUGUUGCUGAUUGGUCAGUAUUAGGUAAGAAAUUAAUGAAAGAUGCUAAAAGAGUUAAAGCCGCAUUACCUAAUGUAUCAUCAGAAGAUGUUAAAAAAUUUUCUGAAUGUGGUAAAAUAAAUGUUGAUGGAAUUGAUUUGGUAAGUGAAGAUUUACAAGUUUUAAAAGGAUUAUCAGAAUCAAAAACUUCAGAAGGUCAAGAAUUUAGAUCUCAUCAAGAUCUUUUAGUUAUAUUAGAUACAAAUAUUCAUCCAGAAUUAGAAAGUGAAGCAAUGGCAAGAGAAAUUUUAAAUAGAAUUCAAAGAUUAAGGAAAAAAGCAGGAUUAAAUUCAACUGAUGAUAUUCAAGUUAAAUAUAAAUUAUUAAAAGAUACAAUUGAAUUUGAAAAAAUUUUGAAACAAAAUAAUGAAUUGAUUUUGAAAACCACUACUUAUCCAUUAGAACCAAUUUCUGAAUCUGAAUCUAAAGAAUUAGUAAUUGAUGAAGAGCAAACUAUUAAUGAUACUGUUUUUAAUUUACAAUUAUUAAGAAUUUAA